AUGCUUGGUUUACUACCUGGUGAAAUGAAGUCUCUUGUGGUCAUCUAUAGGAUAGGGAAACUUGAGUAUGAUCCAUUAUCUGGAGGGGCUAAACCUAAACUGAGAAAGCCUGCGUAUUUAGAUGAAGGUGAUGAUGAUACUGAUGAUGAAGACUAUGAACCUAAAAGUGAUUACAGUUGUGAUUCUAAUGAUGAAAGGGUUCAGAAGUUAGCCAAUCACUCAAUGAGUGGUUCUUGUUGGGGAACUUUGAAGAAAAUUGAAUUUGUGCGCCAUGCAAAUCAUGAUGGCUGUGAUGUGUGGCCUCUGAAUCUGACAAUGCUUCCUGUGAAGAACUUCAUGAAAGGGGUUGUUUGGAUGAUGAGGGCUUUCAUGAAGAAAUUGCAUGCUCUUGUUGAUAGAAGGGCUAUUAGGUUUCAGAAGAAUGCUAAAGUGGAAGUGAGGGUUUUUUGUGUACCUGGCUGCAACUGGGAAGUUUAUGGAGUGAAGUUGCCAGAUGUAGACACAUUUGAGAAACUUUUGAAAAUAGCAAAAUCAAGUUAUGUGGAAGAGCAUGAUGAGCUUAUGGCUGCUUUGAAAGAGUUUGAUGAAGGUGCAUGGGCAUGGCUACAAAAUGAGGAUGUUGUUCAUUGGUGCAGGUCGCAUUUCCCUACAGCAACUAGGUGUGACUGCGAUACUAACAAUGUUUUUAAUACCCCUGGUGCACCUCCUGCAACUCAACCUAGUGGAUAUUCAUCCCCUGAAGAUGGUUAUAUGCACGAAGGAUGCGACUUCUGCAGAAGCAAUGACUAUGGAGAAGACAAUUGUCCUAGGCUUGAUAUCCACUGUGAUUAUUGCAACUAUUUUGGACAUUAUAGAAAUGAAUGCUAUGAAUUAGAGAGGGAUCUGGAUGCUGGUGUUGAUGUGAAUGCCCAUGCUGCAAAUGCUGUUGCUGAGGAACAAUCACCUCUAAAGAAUCCUUCUAAAACUGGAGUUCCUAUUCAUGAGCAAGAGAUGCUGCAAGAAUCACAACCAGCUGCAACUGAGAAUCCUCUUGAAACUGGAGCUCCUGUUCAUCAACCAGAAUCACAACCACUUGCAACUGAGAAUCCUCCGGAAACUGGAGUUCCUGUUCAUCAGCCAGAAUCACAACAACCUGUAUAUUCUAUUGUAGAUGAGGAUUCUAUACAUGAGACUGAACCAAAACAUACUGGAAAUGCUGGUCAGGAAGUUGAUGAUGAGGUGACUUUGGAUAUACACUUCGAAGAAGAGAUAGUGUAUAGAGUGGGAAAGGUUGCUGCACCAUUGAAAGAUCCAAGGUCAGGAAUUAUAAGGCCCAAAGUGAGUGCACCUGCCCACAAAAAACGCACAAGAAUUUGUACUUCUUCAGCCCCUACAACCCCAAGGAGAGCUAGUGCAAGGCUUAUGAAUCUAGCACUUGCGAAAAAGAUGGACGUUGAUGGACCUGGGAGUACAUCUGAAAAUGACAUUCAAAUAUUAACUGAAGAAGAAGCAAGCACCUUCUUGCGUAAGAAGCCAAAGACAUUCCAUGGUGUAGAUCCUCACCAAGGAUGA